AUGAACAGUAAAUACCAACAGAAAAAGAGAACAAAAAAGCCAAAACACCCUAACUUCCUAAAAUCUAACUACUCAAGAGCAUCACUAGAGAAUGUUAACAUAUUAGAUGAUGCGUUACAACAUUCGCGGCGAUGCGCUCUUGUAGCUAAAGAUUCCGAAUGGAUAGACAUUAUAGGAACACCUUCUAAUAACACAAACUUAACAAAUUAUUGCAACACUCCUUCAGGAGAAAAAAUUGCACAACCGGAAAACGAAUCUCAAAUUCAGCCAUUAACUCUUAUGUUUCCGAACUUAUUACAAGAACCGGCGGGAACCUUGGAAGCUAUUGCUAACAAAACUCUAUCCACGACAGAAGUUACCAAACAUCUUAUUGGCCACAAAGCACACUUUGAAUUUCUGAAAAAAGUAAACCGCUUGAUACCACCAGAAAAGGAAUGGUUAGCACAAUUAUCCGAAUGCAGUAACUCUACCGAUUCCAGUGACUUCUCGGUCAACGACAAAUGCCUAUCCUCUGCAGUUGCUGCAAGAGGAAGAUCUGGUCUACAAUGCUACGAAGUCAUCGAAACCCACACUGGUAAUCGCUGA